GCUGGGGAAACCUUAGCCACCCGCCCCGCCCACGGAGCCCGAGUCUCCAAAGCCUGGGAUUAGGGCCCCGGACGCUGGCACCACACCCUGACCAGGUGUUCAUAGCAGGGCCAGGUGCGCGGCUGCCCCGCCCCGGGCCCCGGGAGCCCGGGAUAAUGGCUGAGAACCCGAGGAGCAGGCCGCAGCUGUGGCCUAAACAAUACCCCGAGGGCACCCGUGCCAGCAGGUGUCCCCCACUCCUUAGGGACAGUCGGUGCAGGCCUGCCUGCGGCGGGGUGGGCAACAGGUGUUGGCACAAGAACCGCACGGGGGACCGAGUCGGCUGAGACAGAUGUCGGUGCCCACUGCGCGGGCCAAGUUGCGCAGUGCCCUCCGGGACGCAAGGGGCGCUGUGGCCGCGCUGAGCCUCACAGCGUUUCGAUCCCAUCCCUCCUGCGACCCGGUUACUACGCGCCGUGCAGCCAUGGCCGCGGCUCUUGCCUUUCGCUGCCUGUACAGAGCGCAGCCUGCGCGGCUCUGUCGCCUCGUCUAUCCGCUGUGGACGACCCCGCGACGUGGCCACCGGCUCUCUCCCGCGGAUGAUGAGCUGUACCAGCGGACGCGCAUCUCGCUGCUGCAAAACGAGUUCCCUCAGGCCGUGUACAUAGACAGCUACAACAGCAGAGGUUUCACGAUCAACGGAAACCGCGUGUUUGGCCCCUGCGCGUUGCUCCCACAGACGGUGGUCCAGUGGAAUGUGGGGUCCCAUCAGGAUAUCACUGAAGAGAGCUUCUCCCUUUUCUGGAUGCUGGAGCCUAGAAUAGAGAUUGUUGUGGUGGGCACUGGAAACAGGACUGAGCGGCUGCAUCCCCAAGUACUACAGGCCAUGAGGCAGCGGGGCAUCGCUUUGGAGGUGCAGGAUACGCCCAAUGCUUGUGCCACUUUCAACUUCCUGUGUCAUGAAGGCCGAGUGACAGGAGCUGCCCUCAUUCCCCCUCCUGGAGAGACUAUACUCCCCUCUUUGGGUCAAGCCGCAGAAUGAAACCUCAGAAGAGUCAAGGAGGGCACUGGCACUUUGCAGGGUGCAGGGAUGCCCAGUGCUUUCCCAACCCUCUGCCUGUGGGCACUUUCACCACUUGUCAUGCUUACCCAGAAUAACUUCUACUUCUACUACAAAUA